AUGAGAACUUAUGGCUGGUUAGUAAAGAACGCCAUAGGCAUUAUAAUUUUAAUUCAUGGUUUAGGUUCACAUGCGAGAUUGACCUUUUUAAGACAUAACAUUGAAAUAGUAAAUAACGAUAAAGCCAUAUUAAAAGAUGGAAACAAUUUUUACGUUUAUAAAGACAGCUGGGCACAAUAUUUUAAUAAACAUGGGUAUUCCGUUUUUGGAUUAGAUUUACAAGGUCAUGGACUGUCCGACGGGUGGGACAAUUUAAAAGCUAUCGUAAAAGAGUUUGAUGAUUUCGCGUAUGAUGUAAUGCAGUAUAUUAGGAACAUUCAGGAUAGUAUAAAUGGUUCCAAUAUUCAUGAUAACGAUGGUAGUUUACCAUUUCGGGCGGACCAAAUAUGUGGGAGGAAGGCACUUCCCACUUACCUAGUAGGUAUAUCUAUGGGGGGAUGUAUCGCUUUAAGGAUGCUACAAAUAUUAGGGAAGUCGCAUAAUAGAAGAGAAGGUACGGGAUUGUAUAUCAACGGGUGCAUUUCCAUCUCUCCGAUGAUAAUUGCUAAAAAGCUACCAUCGAGAAAUUCGUUCCUGUCUCAGCACGUUUAUCUCCCAUUGUCCAAGUGCAUUGCUAAUUGGUUUCCAACGGUGAGACUUAUUAACAAAUAUCCAUAUAAGAAGAAUCCCUAUGUUAAAUAUAUUAUUGAGUAUGAUAAAAUUCGAUCUAAGGAGGCAAUCACGUGUAGACUUGGCUAUGAGCUUUUAAGAGCAAUUGACAACUUAGACAAUGACAUAAAACACAUGCCUGAAGAUGUUCCUGUGUUGAUUAUUUAUUCGAAGGAGGAUAUUUUAUGCUGCUAUGACGGAUCCCUAUCGUUCUAUGAUCGACUCGAUGUAAACAAUAAAGAAAUGCACACACUGGAGGAUAUGGAGCAUACCAUCAUUUGGGAGCCCGGGAAUGAGGAAGUUUCGAAAAAAAUCGUGGAUUGGAUUAUGAGUCUUCCGUCGUCAAAAGGAGAAAGCACGUCAAAGGGGGAAGAACAACGCAGUCGUCGAAGGGGAGCAACACGUUUGAGGUGGUUAGCAUAUAGGAGGUGUUUCUCCCCAUGA